AGCCGAACAGGAAGGAAGUCGGAGGAGAAGAGGUGGAACACAGUCGGAGCUGUUUUUACAUUGAACUGUAACUUCCGGUUAAUCAGUUCAGGUGAAAGUACUAAGCGUAGAUAUAUAUAAUAUGUAUAUGUAUGUUAUAGAUAUAUGUAUGUAUGUAUUUACAUAUGUGGUACUAAGUGGUUCCUAAAACGUGUUCAUGUAACCAAACGAAGAACUCACAGAAUUACUGCCUUGGGUGAGAAACAAAGCUCAUCUUUAAAUUAAUCGAGGCUGGACCCAACCACUGGUCCUGUUAGCACGUUAGCUAACCGGUGUCUGCCACUUUCCGCAAGUGGUUUAAUCUUGGAUCCGUUUUAGUCGGGAAUAAGCUGGUGUUUUAUUGUCGGCUCUGUUUGGACAUUUUAAUGGGAGACGGCUUCCUUAGGAGGACUGGACCAAGGGGGCGUGAGUUGAGCAUAGAAGGGGGAUCCUGGUGGCCCGCUGGGCUCACAUGGAAUCUUUGGCCGGCUACGUCUACAAGGCAGCCAGCGAGGGUCGCGUGCUGACACUGGCCGCGCUGCUGCUAAACCACUCCGAGGCGGAGACUCGGUUCCUUCUGGGUUACGUGACCCAGCUCUCCGGCCAAAGGUCCACUCCCCUGAUCAUCGCCGCGCGGAACGGACACGACAAAGUGGUUCGGCUGUUGUUGGACCACUACAAGGUGGACACGGAACAGACUGGCACGGCCCGGUUCGACGGCUACGUUAUUGACGGUGCUACGGCACUGUGGUGUGCUGCUGGAGCGGGACACUUGGAGGUGGUGCGCCUGCUAGUGACUCAUCAUGCAAACGUCAACCACACAACCAUCACCAACUCCACCCCCCUGCGAGCGGCAUGCUUUGAUGGUCGCCUCGACAUUGUGCGCUACCUGGUGGAAAACAGCGCUGACAUCAGCAUUACGAACAAGUUCAACAACACCUGCCUGAUGAUCGCUGCCUAUAAGGGCCACGUGGAUGUGGUCCGCUUUCUGCUGCAACAAGGGGCGGACGUCAAUGCCAAGGCCCACUGCGGCGCCACAGCACUGCACUUCGCAGCCGAGGCCGGUCAUCUGGAAAUAGUCAAAGAGUUGAUGAGCUGCCAGUCGUCUCUGGUGGUGAAUGGACAUGGCAUGACCCCGCUGAAGGUGGCAGCUGAGAGCUGUAAAGCUGAUGUGGUGGAGCUGCUGCUGGCUCAUGACGACUGUGAUCCUCUCAGCCGGAUUGAAGCUUUGGAGCUGCUGGGAGCAUCUUUUGCCAAUGACAGGGAGAACUAUGAUAUUCAGAAGACCUAUGAAUACUUGCUCAUGGCCAUGAUGCAGCGCUACAGCGACCCUGACAACAUCCUCACCAAGGAGCUACUGCCACCUAUUGAAGCCUAUGGGAGCCGUGGCGAGUGUCGAACGCCGCAGCAGCUGGAGGCUAUUCGAGCGGAUCCAGAUGCUCUGCACAUGGAGGGGCUGAUGAUUCGAGAGCGUAUCCUGGGAUCAGACAACGUCGAUGUGCCGCAUCCUAUUAUCUAUCGAGGGGCCGUCUAUGCUGAUAACAUGGAGUUUGAUCAGUGCAUCAAACUGUGGCUUCAUGCUCUUCAUCUCAGGCAGAAAGGAAAUCGCAACACACACAAAGAUCUGCUUCGCUUCGCCCAGGUCUUCUCCCAGAUGGCGCACCUGAAGGAGCGCAUGUCAGCCUCAUCCGUUGAGCAGGUUUUGAGCUGCAGUGUCCUGGAGAUUCAACGCAGCAUGUCUCGAGUUCAGGCAGCAGCCGAGUCCGAACAGCCACAGGCCUUGGAAAACUACGAGUCGAAUAUUUUUACCUUCCUGUACCUGUCUUGUAUCUCCACUAAGACAACAUGCAGCGACGAGGAACGUUCCAGAAUCAACAAGCACAUUUAUGACCUCAUCCAGCUAGACCCACGGACUCGCGAGGGCUCUUCUCUGCUUCACCUGGCCAUUAGCUCCAGCACACCUGUUGAUGCUUUCCACACCAACGAUGUCUGCAGCUUUCCCAACGCCCAGGUGACCAAGCUGCUGCUGGACUGCGGUGCCCAGGUGAAUGCUGUCGAUCAUGAAGGCAACACUCCGCUCCACGUCAUAGUCCAGUACAACCGACCUAUCAGCGACUUCCUCACGCUGCAUGCCAUCAUCAUCAACCUGGUGGAGGCUGGUGCUCACACAGACAUGACCAACAAGCAGAAGAAGACUCCGCUGGACAAGAGCACCACUGGCGUGUCUGAGAUCCUGCUGAAGACCCAGAUGAAGAUGAGCCUCAAGUGUCUGGCAGCCCGUGCAGUUCGGCAGCAUCAAAUCACGUAUCACAACCAGAUCCCCAAAAGCCUGGAGGAGUUUGUGAAGUUCCACUAACAGCACUGGUGUUUGGUUUAAAGUCUCUGUGGUUUUUAUCUGAUGGUGCUUUUGGAGCCUUUUAUGUAGAAGAAUUAUUUAAUUUUCUGUUUUUAGAGACAGUUUUCAGUCAUUCUGAAGUGUGUUUCUGUCUACUGUGGGUAGCUGCAAGGACUGACGGGCUAACAGCUAGUCCUUCUCAGUAGUGAAACCCUCAGGAAGCCAUAAGAUGUUAAUUAUUUUAACUUUUACACAGAAACACACCCCAGACUACAUUUUCCCAGUAAACAGAAGCUGCCAUGGCUCCGUGUGUGUGGCUCCUAAAGCUGCCUCUGCAGCAGCCUCGGAGCUGUUCCCGUACCGACGCCACGGCCAUGCUACUUUUUUCUGCCUUAUCUACACAUCAAGUUUCCCAUUUGACUGUAGACGAAGAGAGUGCCUUUAGGGGAAAUAACAGCUAACUAAACCUGGUUAUGUGUUUUUAGGCCACAAAUCCUGCAGCACACGUCAUCUUUUAUGGCCAUUUUUGAUGGUCUUUCUUUUCUGGUUUUUAACACUCUGCUUUGGCAGGAUUGGAUGUUCAGUUCCUGCUUCCUCAGAGCAUUUAAACUUUCAAACAUGAAUUAAUGUCCUUAAAACGUGAUUUCUGAUCUGUACUAUAUGGAUCCUUGAGGGUCAAGUCUGUCUCAUUUCUGAUACGGCUCCACAGACACGUGGCUAAAUGGUUCUGGGGUUGCUUGACACCGCGUCACAGCAGCAGCUUCAGUAUGUGUUGAUGGUUAGUGCUCACCAUGUCCAGAUUUAAUACAGCCUGCUGGAGAAAUGGAAUGUGGCCAAAGCAGCACCUGAAACAUGUUGGUGCUUGCCUUCUUUACUACAGGAACUGAAAGCUGUCAGAAGCUGGGAAGGCAGGUUUCUUUUUACUUCAGAGAGGAAAAAGCUGUUGGCUUGAAGACGUUGGACCUCUCAUCCAAAAGGCUUCUUAUGUUCUGAAGAAGAGUUCCCCCCUCCAUUUGAGAACGUUUCUUUGAAUAACAAACUCCUAUGUUUUGUUUAUAUAGAAUAUUUAGAACGGUGCAAUAGUCUUGGGUCAACUUCUACAUUUAUAAAACAGCUCCAGUUGGUUUUAAGUGCUGGCUCCACCCAACACGAGGACACAAAGCUUGAAGCAUCAUAAAGGAGAAGCAGUACAGCAGCCUUCAUGAGAAGAUGCUAAAUGGUUUUCAGAAGAUCGUUUUAUUUUUCAUUCAUCAGUCUGAUGACUGAUAAGAACUCUGUUAGGGAACUUUAAAUAAAACAUUUUUCUAAUGAAA